CAUUCACACUUCACAGUACUUGAGCUCAAAAUUAGUUCUUCAAUAUUGCAGCAAAAGAAAAUUCCUUUGAAUUCAAAUGAACCAACAAACAACAACAACCAUCUCAAACUCUGAUGAUCUCUCCAUCCUUGAAAAUAUCAAAUUCCAUCUUCUAAAUGAUUCUGAUUUUUCACAUAUCCUUUCAAUGUUUGAUCCAUGCAUUAGUAAUGCAGAAAUUAUUGAUAGUCCAAACUCAAGUUUUGGCAGCUCUGCAUCAGCCGAAAUUAACUGGGGAGAUAUGGUAACUACUAAUAUCAAUAGUCUAUGGGAACGUGUCGAUAAAAUGGAGCACAAGGAGGAACCAAAAAAGGACCAUGUUGUGGCGCGUGGUAUUCACGCACCUCAGGAUUGGAACCGGUAUAGGGGCGUUAGGCGGAGGCCGUGGGGUAAAUUCGCGGCGGAGAUAAGAGACCCGGAUAGGAAAGGGGCUAGGCUUUGGCUAGGAACUUACGAGACACCCGAAGAUGCUGCAUUGGCUUAUGACCAAGCCGCUUAUAAGAUCCGUGGCUCUAAAGCUCGGCUCAACUUUCCUCACUUAAUCGGCUCGGAUAUGUCUGAGCCGGUUAGAGUGGCUCCACGCCGACGUUGCCACUCCUUGGAGUCUUCUUUGGUAGAAAGUGCCUUUCUAAAGAAGAGAAAAUUAUAAAUUGGAGGCAAAAUUUGUAUUAGUCAUCAUAGAUGUAUUGUUAGUUUAAGUUUUUGUAAAGUUGCAUCUUUUUGUUCUGUUAGGGUAUGUCGCCCAUUUCAGAAUUGAGUUACAAAUA